CAAGAUUAGCGAAGAGCCCUAGCAGAGGCUUUUGCCGCCUAGGGCAAGGCAAGGGAGCGCGGGGGCUAUGGAUCUCAUGGCAAUGCGCGCGGCGCUCCCACAGUCACAGCUCCCCCAGCAGAGGAUGUCUGCCUGCUGCUUGAGAAGCCAGGCUUGUUUUCCAAGCAAGUGGAAAUCACAAGCGAGGGACAGGGCUUUGCGUGCUACUUCCGUGGCCGGAAAGUCGCCAAGCACUGAACAAAUGCUGAUUUAUGUUCCCGCUCAUCCUCUGGUGAAGCACUGGGUGGCUGUUCUUCGGAACGAAUCAACGCCACCCCCAGUUUUCAAGAGCGCGAUGGCGGAGCUCGGGAGGAUUCUCAUAUAUGAAGCUUCUCGGGACUGGCUGGUUACCAUGACUGGCCAAGUGCAAACUCCCUGUGGUGUAGCUGAUGUCGAAUUUGUCGAUCCAAGAGAACCUAUAAAGGUUGUGCCGAUUUUGCGAGCAGGACUUGUACUCGUGGAGCACGUAGCUUCGGUACUCCCUGCUACCCAAACUUAUCACUUAGGAUUCGUUAGAGACGAAGAGACGCUACAACCAACGCUGUACUUGAACAAACUCCCGGAAAAGCUCCCGGAGAAUGCUCGCGUUCUUGUGGCAGAUCCUAUGCUAGCAACAGGUGGAACGAUGAUUGCUGCCAUCGAGGAGCUCAUCAAACGGGGAAUCGAUCAUAGACUUAUGCGAGUGGUUGCCGCUGUUGCCGCUCCUCCAGCUUUGAAGAAAUUGAGCGAAAAGUUUCCUGGGCUCAAAGUUUACGCUGGCAUUAUCGAUCCCGAGCUGAAUGACAAAGGUUAUAUAGUUCCUGGUCUGGGUGAUGCGGGUGACAGGAGCUUCGCAACGUAGCAGUGCGACUUUGGCAAGACGACGGUGGCCAUGGGAUGGAGCAGCCAAGUUCCGCUGAAAAUCUCCCCAGUCAGCAGCGGAUUACCAUAGCCAUGGUAGCGGCCAGUGAC